AUGACAGCGCAGACAGAAAAUGAACCCUCAGAAAGUGAUGAAACGUUCAGGAAAAGUAUGCAUUGGCAAGGUUCUGCUAAUGAUGGAAAUGAUGAUGAGUAUGAUGACGAUGAACAGGACGGCCAUGAACAGGAUGAUGAUGGAGAUCAUGUUGGCGUGGAGGAGCUUGGACCUCGUUCGGUGUUGCUUCCCCCAUCUUCUUGGUCCCUUCAUACUAGCAAGAUGCACCAGCCAGCCACCGGUCCAAUCUAUGUAUAUGUGCAGACAAUUAAUCAACUUCUGAGACUUCUGCCUAUUAGGAACGAAGAGCCAUUCCAUGGUCUGUCUGGUCGAUUCCUAUUCAUAGGAUACGUUGGGCAUGUACAUCAACUCUUGCCAAUAUACUGGCCUGAAGAAUAUCUCACUCUUGCGCAUCCACCCCAUGGUAUCUUACAACAUGUUGGAUUUUUACUGGUUGUGAAUGACACCACGCGGUUUUCUAUCUACGAGAUAGAGAAUGGUGGUUCUACUUUUCUCAAUGAUUGUAGAACCAAUUUUUGCACGCCCAACUUACAUGGCGGCAUCUCUCCCAUCUGGAUGUCAGUGUUCAGGUUCACCCCAGCAACAUACCCUGACGGAUACCCUCCUCCUGCCCCUCAUAUACCCGUCAAUAUCCCAACUUGGGAGACCUCAUUCCCUCAGUCGUUGUCCUCUCUGGCACCGUUUUCCCAGAUAAUGUUCCACCAGUCCCUAGAUUUUGAAUAUGAGCCUACGCUCAUAGAAUUGACCUCUGUAUUUGAUUACUUACCCACACCCACUUUGCCAGACGAUGAAAAUUCUGCAUUGGCAUCCAUCAAUGCUCAGCCCUUCAUGACACUGAAAGCCAUAUUGGCAGCAUCACCAUGGGGUCGCUCAAUCAAACUGGCAAAGUACCUUUUUAUCGGGCACCUUCUGGUUGGAAUACCCGAAAAUUCAUUCGUUCUUCCUGAGGAUUAUUCCCGGCAGUUGAUCAUGACUAGCUUUUUGAGAGCUCUCCGUUUCAACCAAAAGACUUACAAUGAGCUAACCAACGAACAUCUGACGAUAGAGAACAAGAAUGGAAGCGAGACUACUGUGGGAUGGUCAUACUUGCGCAACUGGUUUGCGGACUUCUACAUAGAGAUCACUUCAGAGAUCAGGAAAAUCACACAAGCUAGCACAUCCCCGUUGACUGAGUUUGCAGUCAAUGAGGAGAGGAAGAUGCAGAAGAUUCUUGAAUUGAUUGUCGGGCUCAAUUCAGGCGACCAAAGACUGGUACAAAAUGCUCUCAGCGAACUUAUUGCAACACAAGCCUUCAGGGAGGUCCUCUGGGUUGCAUUACUCCGACCCAUCGCUGAGUUAGCCGAAGGCAAUGCGAGAUUAGCGGAUCUAUACCCAGAUGCCAUUCAAACUUGGAUGGGUUACCUAUGA